AUGAGUGUGUCUUUGACUGUUAUGACCUUCAAUCUUCAUGAUGAUGAGCCUCAAGAUAGUGCUAAUUCAUGGGACAAAAGAAGAGACAUAUGCAUAAGUGUUAUUACCAGUUACUCCCCCAUCAUCCUCUGUACCCAACAAGGAGUGAAAACUCAAUUGGAUUUUCUCCAGCAGGGUUUGCCAGGUUAUGAUCAGUUUGGCGUCUCGCGGAGAGGGCCACAAGAUACUACUGAUGAGCAUUGCACUAUCUUCUAUGACAAGGAAAAGGUAGAGCUUCUAGAAGGUGGAACUUUUUGGUUGUCGGAAUCUCCGUCUGUUCCCGGAAGCAUUUCAUGGGAUGUCCACACAUUUCAACUGAAAGGAGUUGAACCGCCCGGAUUCUCGUUUCAGAUAGUAAAUACAAACAUGGAUGCGAUCAGUCCUCGCGCCCGUAGACGAAGCGCUUUGCUCACAUGGCAGCACAUUGCAUCCUUACCACCUACUCUACCAGUUGUGUACUGCGGUGGAUUCAAUACGCAAAAGGAAUCAACUACCGGACGUUUCCUUCUUGGAAGAUCGAGAGAACAUGGUGUAGUUGGUGAUAUGAGGGAUGCAUGGCCUAGCGCGCGUGUUAGGAAAAAUGUUUCCUUAAUUCGCACUUAUCACGGAUUCAAGGGUGACAAACAAGGAACCGUCGAAUACCUCAAGUUAAUAUUCCGAGCUCUCUGCCUCUGUUGGGAUCGCCAAACACAAGAUCUUCACGUGGAUUGGAUCCUCUUCAGAGGUAGAUCUCUUAUUCCCGUUUCAUGUGAAGUGGUGAACGAUAACAUUGAUGAAUGUUAUCCGUCAUCUCAUUUUCCUAUAUUUGCCGAGUUUAUGCUCCCUCGCACGGUAAGAAUGUUAGAAUCGCCGGUUCAAGAGGAUAACUAA